AUGCAUUGCCUAUGGUUUUGCUCUCUCGGUUUAUUGACUCUUCCUGCGCGUGCAUACGGCCAGCAAAGUCCAUUCCUCUCUACAAGCGCACAAACUGGAGCAUUGCAUAAAUUCAACUUGAUCCAAACGAAGGUUGACGUUGUAGGACUCGCAGAGGCGCACGGACUUGAUAUCUGGCAUCUUUCCCUAUCUCAAGCUCACAUAUUUGAACCUUUUGACAAGAAUAUCUUGAGAGGGCUACCGGACGCUCUUCAAGUCAUUCCACACGAGGUUUCUUACAUCCCUUCUGCCAAUGCAUCGACAACUUCCCAAAUGGACGAAUGGGACUUAUCGUCUCUUGCGAAUACUACCUAUCACUCAGCUUAUCAUCCUCUUCAUGAAAUCAACUCGUUCAUUCAUCAGCUGGCCGAGAUAUUUCCAACUAAGGUCGAGGUUGUAGAAUUGGGACACAGCGCCCUGGGUCGAGAGAUGUAUGCGUUGAAGCUGACAUCGGGAUCUCCGGAUGACCGCAGUAAAGACAAUGAAAGGAAACCUAAACCACCCAAACGGGACAAGCCGGGCAAGGAACGCGAAUUGGACCCAAACAAAAAGCUCGGUUUUGUCAUCGUUGGGGCGCAACAUGCUCGAGAGUGGGUUGCAACGUCGACUUCGCUCUAUCUUGCACAUUCGCUCGCAGUUAAUUCGUCAGAACCCCGAUCUUUAGCAACCAUAUUGGACGUCUAUGACUUUUAUAUCAUCCCCAGUCCCAAUCCGGACGGCUACACAUAUACAUGGGAGGAAGAUAGAUUCUGGUAUAAGAACCGCCAAGUUAUGGGACCGAAAGAAAAAUGUGUUGGGCUAGAUAUGAACCGAAAUUGGGGAUAUAAGUGGAAACCGUUCUCUGUUGGGGAGGGCUCCCUUCAAAUGAACCACCCUACUUCGUCCUCGUCUGAGCUCCUUAAAAAGAAAAAAUCCAAGCGUCCCCCAGCUGAUCCGUGCUCUUUUUGGUACCCCGGCCAUCGAGCUUUUGAGUCUCCAGAGGUGAACAAUAUCGCUACAUGGGUAGGAACAUUGCCAAAUUUGGUGGGACUGAUCGAAUUGAGGGCUUAUGGGCAGAUGUUGUCAACUCCCUUUUCAUAUAGCUGCAACCGUUAUCCUACCGACCUUGAAGACCAGACAGAAGCUGCACAAGGAGCUAUAGCGAGUCUGAAAAACGUACACGGCACAGUCUUCGCGGCCGGUUCUCUCUGCUCCAACCUGUACACUGCUCCAGGUAACCUCAUUGAUUGGAUGUACAAACGAGUCGGAAUCAAAUAUACUUAUGUCGCGCAUUUGAGGGAUACGGGCACAUAUGGCUUUGCUUUACCCGCCGAGCUUAUACGACCUGUCGGUGAAGAAACAAGCGCUAUGGUGGCGUAUUUAUCCAAGUUCAUCAAAAUCCAAAUGAAACGUUUCCUGUGA